AUGCGCCUUUUGGCGUCGGCCGGGCGCUUGCUCUCGCGUAGCGCUCGAUCGUGCGAACCAGGUCCCAUUUCUUCACUUAUCCAAUUUCGACCGUCAGUCGGGACCUGGCAAGUAGUAAAGAGGCCAACAACUACAGGUGCAUUUCAUUCUCUGGACAAAUUUGUCAUUGAAGAUUCGCGAACGGCUCUUGAGAUAGUAGCAAGACUGACGCGUGACGAACAGUCAUUGUUGCGUGAAGCCCUAGACGAUUUAGCAGCUCGUCAUGAUUUGGAGCGCUGUGUUCCAAUGACAGAUGAGCAAACUCGAGCAUUGUUCCUCGUAAAUUCUCUUCCAUUUAUUGGAUUUGGAUUUCUUGACAAUAUGAUUAUGAUUAUAGCUGGAGAAUACAUCGAUCAGCAACUUGGCACAAUGCUCUGUCUAUCCACCAUGGCUGCAGCUGCUCUCGGAAAUCUCAUUUCUGAUGUGGCUGGUGUGGGGCUAGCACACUAUGUCGAAGGAAUAGUCUACAAAAUUGGCCUCAAACAUCCGGUGCUCACUUCAGAACAGCUGGAAAGUUCUCGGGCUCGAUGGACGACCAACUUUGCUCGUGCUGUUGGCCUCUCCAUUGGUUGUAUAGUCGGAAUGUUUCCGUUGUUGUUUUUUGACAAGGAUAAGGAAGAAACUGAAAACGAAGCGCCGAAAUAA